UGUGCAGCGGGCGGAGCGUGGAGAGGGGGAGGGGAGGAAGCCGCCGGGCCUCUGUCUCCUUCCUCUUCCUCCGCGGGGAGGCAGGGCUGCCGGCCGGCCGGGCCGGGACACGGGCCAUGUUCGACACAGGCAGCCCCUCCCCCCGGAGCAGCCCCAGCAGCUCUCCGUCCCUGCGAAAGCGUCUACUGCUGCCCCCCCGGACCUCCCCUGAGCUCCCUGCAGAUGCCAUGGUGGAAAAGAGCACAGAGAGUGCCCCAGAUCGGGGCCCCUUGUCCGCCCCCCUCAACUACCCACUGAGCGCCAGGAGUUUCAUCCGCAACCACAAGAAAGCGCAAAGCUGGUACAGCAUGCUGAGCCCCACGUACAAACAGCGCAAUGAGGAUUUCCGCAGGAUCUUCAAGGGGCUGCCGGAGAGCGAGCGGCUGCUUGUGGAUUACUCCUGUGCGCUGCAGCGCGACAUCCUGCUCCAGGGGCGCCUCUACCUGUCCGAGAACUGGCUCUGCUUCUACAGCAACAUCUUCCGCUGGGAGACAGCAAUCUCUGUCCCGCUGCGGGAGGUGAAAUGCCUGAAGAAGGAGAAGAUGGCCAGGCUGAUUCCCAAUGCCAUCCAGGUCUGCACUGCGGCUGACAAGCAUUUCUUCACCUCAUUUGGAGCCCGUGAUCGCUGCUUCAUGCUGAUCUUCCGCCUAUGGCAGAAUGCGCUGCUGGAGAAGACGCUGUCUCCCCAGGAGCUCUGGCAUAUCGUCCACCAGGGCUACGGCGCUGAGCUUGGCCUCACCAGCGAGGACGAUGACUACGUCUGUCCUGUCCCCACUGACGAGCUCAAUGGCCUGGGGCCAGUCAGGGAGCUCAGUGACAUCAUCGAGCUGAGAGACCUGGCCUUGCCCUGCGCUGCUGACCUCAAGCUGGAGCCCAGCCCCACGUUGGCCAGGACAGCCGCUAGUCAGAGCUUCCACUCACUGGCCAGCAGCAGCGAUGGGGCAGCCUCACUGGCAGAGGACCCUGAAGAAAAUGUGGACAGCCAGGCGGAUACUGCCUCCAACUCCACAGCGACACCAGUGCUGGAGCCCCCGAAGGCUGCGGUGCUGGGGGCAGGCCCGCUGCCUGCCCUGGGGGACCUGCUGCCCCAUGAAGAGCUCCCCACUGACACCAGCAACUCCUCCUCCUCCUCCUCCUCCUCCACGCAGGAUGAAGUGGAGGUGGACACCUUCUCAGACCUGCCCGGGCGGCUGCUGCUGAACUGCGUCUAUUGCCUGGGGGCCGAGCAGCUGCAGCAGAUGCUCUUCAGCGACUCGCCGUUCAUGCAGAGUUUCCUGGGCCAGCGCAAGUUCACAGAUGUGACACUGACCUCAUGGAGUGGCAAAAGCAAGUGCCGCCAGAGCCGUGUCCUCUCCUAUACCAUCCCCCUCAGCAACCCGCUGGGGCCUAAGGCAGCUGCUGUGGUGGAGACGCAGACCCUGUUCCGUGCCAGCCCCGAUAGCGGUGCCUGCGUGGUGGACUCAGAGGUGAUCACGCAGGGCAUCCCCUACCAGGACUACUUCUACACCGCCCACCGCUACUGCAUCAGCACGCUGGCCACAGGCACGGCCCGUCUCAGAGUCUCCUCCGAGAUCCGGUACCGGAAGCAGCCCUGGAACCUGGUGAGAGCCCUGAUUGAGAAGAACACGUGGAGCGGCGUGGAGGAGUACUUCCAGCACCUGGGGCUGGCGCUGGCACGAGCGGAGAAGACUCUGCUGGAGGAGAGUGGCCGUGGGACGGAGCUGCGGGGGCUGCGCCGCAGGAAGCGCACACUGAGCUGGAGGGCCCCCCAUGCUGAGCCCACCCUGGCCACGCUGCCCCCCAGCAAGACAGGGCCCUGCCCCCUGCGCCCCUCUGGCAGCCUGGCAGCCAGACUCUCCCAGCAGCUCGUGGAGCGGAGCCGGGGCCCCACUGUGUCCACCCUCAUCCUCAUCGUCAGCCUGGUGAUCUGUGUGAGCCUGCUGGUCCUAGUGGUUCUCAACGUGAUGCUGUUAUACCGGCUGUGGGCGCUGGAGCACACGGCCCGCGCCUUCCAGGCCUGGCAGACCUCCACACUGGCCCGAGGGAAGCUGCCCCGGACAGCAGGCGAGUGGGCCGAGGUCCUGGAGCUGCAGCGGCGUUUCCAUGGUGCCGAGGUGCAGAAGUGGAGGCAGAUCCUGGAAGCCUCUGUGGAGCUGCUGGAUGAGAUGAAGGUCUCCCUGGAGAAGCUGCACCAGGGCAUCAUGAUGGCAGAACCACCCCCGGAGCCAGGCCAGGCUGACGCCAUUUCCUGAAGCUGCACUGGCCACCAGGGGCCACGGGAGACUGAGCUGGAUCUGAGACUGCAGCUAGGUCAGCGCCGUCUGGAUGCCCCUUGUCGGCCAGGUCAGCGCCGCCUGGACGCCCCCGUUCAGCUGGCUCCCUUAGCUGGGUCAGCACCGCCCGGACGCUCCUCAUUGGCCGGCUCCCUCCACCGGGUCAACGCCGCCUGGAUGCCCCUGUUCAGCUGGCGCCCUUGGCCGGGUCAACACUGCCUGGACACCCUCCUUCAGCUGGCUCCCUUGGCAAGGUCAGCGCUGCCUGGAUGCCCUCCUUUGGCGGGCUCCCUCGGCCGGAUCAGCGCCGCCUGGACGCUUCCCAGGGUCUGCUUCUCCUGCUGGGUCAGCAGCAUCUGGCCAUUGGCUGGUGUCAGCACCGGCUUGGGCUGCCCUGCUCUCCUGCCACCCCCCAGCGGAGCAGGUCUCUGUGGUGACAGCUAGGUGGAGGACACAUGGAGGAUCCCCUGGGGGCUGGCUCUGCCCCCCGCGAUCCGCCCGCUGCCUGCAACCCAGGACAACGGUGGCUGGACUGCGGCUGCCAGCUGGGUACAGCCCACCAUGUCUGCUGCCUGGGGGCCUGUCGUGCCUGGGGGAACCCAUCCAGUCUGGGCUAGGAAUUGACUUUCUAAGUGGUCUAGCUGCAUGGUGUUACUGUGGGGCGUGGCCAGGGCAGUACCCCGCCCCCUUACCUUGGGGCCAGGACUCCUGGGUCCUCUGCACUGGAGCAGGGGCAUCCUUGGGGCAGGCUCCAUGCGGUGCAGGAGGCACUGCCCAUGACUCUGCCUCCUUCCCCAAACACUCAAUUCCUGGAGGGCUCGGUGCCCACCAGGCACUGGGUCGUUGUCUCCUGGCCUGGAAGGGGCUGGGGGUGUGUGUGAGCCCCCCAGCCAGCCUGCACACCGUCUGCUUCCUCCUCAUCCUCAGUGUUAUGGGGCUCGCCCCCCCCCCCUAUUUAUUAGCUGAUUAAAAAGCAUGGCUGGGAUAGCACCACCCAGGGUGAGUCUG